CGGAGCUGAGGAGAUCCUGAACUGAGGAGAUCCUGGGGCUGAGGAGAUCCUGGAGCUGAGGAGAUCCCAGAGCUGAGGAGAUCCCGGAGCUGAGGAGAUCCCGGAGCUGAGGAGAUCCCGGAGCUGAGGAGAUCCCGGAGCUGAGAGGAUCCCACACCUCAGUGGAUCCCGAGCCAGGAUGGCAGGAGAAUGGGGCCAGAAGGUUUUGAAUUUCCGGAUCUCCAACAAGACCCGGGACACCACCCUGAAGUACCUCAGAUCCAAGAUCAACUGCAACAUCUCCGAGUUCUCCCACCUCUCCUCGGUGCUGCCCUGUGGCCGCUCCGACUCCGGCCACCUCCUGAGCCACUCCAACGCCCUGGGCCUCGGCUGGCUCGUGGUCUACGAGGCCGACUCCUUCACCUUGGCCAUCUUCUUCUUCCUCCUCCGCAAGAAGCCGAGCCCCGCCCCAAAAAUGCUGCAGCUGGAGCUGUCCCUGGACAAGGCUCACCUCGAUUUUAGGGAAACCUUUGCCCGCAUGACCUUGCAGCAGGAUCCCUUCGACCACGAGAAGACCUCCGUGUCCUGGGCCGACUUUUCCGGCCGCAGCGAGGUGUGUGUCCGGCUGGGCGCCGGCCACUACAAGGUGACGGCCGCCGCGUCCGGCGACUCGAUCCCCCUGCUCGAGGUGGAGCUGGAGGAGCGGGCGGCGCUGGGAACGGCCCCCGUGGGAUCCUCCAGGGCACCGCGGGCGUCUCUAGAGCCCCGUAAGCACCGUCAGAACCCCACGGGCGCCUCCGGGAUCCUGUAGGCACCUCUAGAACUUUGUAGGAACAUCUAGAACCUUGUAGGCACCUCUAGAACUCAGUCAAAAUGGUCAGAACCCCACAUGAACAUCCAGAAACCCACAGGCGCCUCUGGGAUCCUGUAGGCACCUCUAGAACUUUGUAGGAACAUCUAGAAACUUGUAGGCACCUCUAGAACUCAAUCAAAAUGGUCAGAACCCCACAUGAACAUCCAGAAACCCACAGGUUCCUCUGGGAUCCUGUAGGCACCUCUAGAACUUUGUAGGAACAUCUAGAACCUUGCCGGCACCUCUGGAACCUUGUAGGCACCUCUGGAACCCCAUUGAAAUGGUCAGAACCCCACACGAACGUCUAGAACCUCGUAGGCACCUCUAGAACUCAAACGGAAUGGUCAGAACCCGACAUGAACAUCCAGAACCCCACAGGCACAUCUGGAAUCCUGCAGGCGCCUCUAGAACUUUGUAGGAACAUCUAGAAACUUGUAGGCACCUCUAGAACCUUGCAGACCUCUCUAGAACCCCAUCAAAAAUUGUCAGAAUCCCACACAAACAUCCAGAACCCCGUAGGCACCCCCAGGACAUUUUAGGAUCAUCUAGAACCUUGCAGGCACCUCUAGAACCCCAUAGAGACCUCCAGAACCCCACAGAUGCUUUGAGAACCCUGGAGACACCCAUAAAACCUUCUAUGACACUCAAGAACCCCACGGACACCUCUAGAACUUUGCAGGACCUUUUAGAACCCUAAAGACGUCUCCAGAACCUUGUAGGACCUUCUAGAACCUUGGAGGUGUCUCCAGAACCUUGUAGGACCAUCCAGAACCCUGGAGAUGACUCCAGAACCUUGUAGGACCAUCCAGAACCCAUAACCACAUCCAGAACCCCGCACAGACCUGAGGAACCUCAGCAGAACCUCGCGGGCACCAGGAGAACCUCAGAGAAACUUCCAGAACCUUCUGGACACCCCUGGACCCUCACGGACACCCCGGGGUUGGGGCGACCCCGUCCCCCUCGCUGGAUUUUGGGUUCUCACCCCAAAUUUUCUCUCUUUUUUUUGGUGUUUCGCAGUAAAAUUGGGAAUUUUUGAGCUCCCCCUUCAAAA